AUGGCACCUGGAUUGAUCGACCCUCAACCAGCUGUAUCCCAGGCAGCCACACACACCCUCUCGUCUGUUACCGAGGAGUAUGAUGACACGUUGAGAUUCUACCUGAACGGCACAAAGGUCGUGCUCGACACAGCAGACCCCGAGGUCACACUGCUUGAAUACCUUCGUGGCAUUGGCUUGACAGGAACAAAGCUCGGUUGUGCCGAGGGUGGUUGCGGUGCAUGCACAGUAGUCGUGUCACAAUUCAAUCCAACGACCAAGAAGAUAUACCACGCCUCUGUCAACGCAUGUCUGGCUCCUCUAGUCAGCGUGGACGGAAAGCAUGUCAUCACUGUUGAAGGUAUCGGCAGUGUCAAGAACCCACAUCCGGUGCAAGAAAGGAUAGCAAAGGGGAAUGGAAGUCAGUGCGGUUUCUGUACGCCUGGCAUAGUCAUGAGUCUUUAUGCCCUAUUACGCAACACCCCCGAACCGACCGAACACGAGAUAGAAGAAGGAUGCGACGGCAACCUCUGUAGAUGUACGGGAUACAGACCCAUCCUCGACGCCGCCCAGACUUUCAAAAAGUCAUCCUCGAGUGGUAGUGGUUGCUGUAAAGACGAUAAAGCUGUCUCGACCGAGGGCGGAUGCUGCAAAACAAAUGGCAACGCCACUAAGAUAACACCACCUUCGAACGGUUGUGGAAGAGCUGGAGGCUGCUGCAUGGACGGCAAAGGCUUUGUUGAUGAUCAGCCAAUCAAGCGCUUUACGCCCCCUGGCUUUAUCGAGUACAACCCUGAUACACAACUCAUCUUCCCUCCGGCACUGAAGAAACAUGAGCUCAAGCCGCUAGCUUUCGGCAACAAGAAAAAGAAGUGGUUCAGACCAGUCACUCUACAGCAACUACUAGAGAUCAAGAGCGUAUAUCCUUCAGCCAAGAUCAUCGGUGGUUCAUCAGAAACUCAGAUCGAAGUCAAGUUCAAGGGCAUGCAAUAUACCGCCUCCGUCUUUGUUGGUGAUAUUGCCGAGUUGCGCCAAUUCGAGUUCCACGAUGACUACCUGGAGAUCGGAGGCAACGUUGUUCUGACGGAUCUUGAACAAAUUGCUCGUGAUGCAAUCGAGCGCUACGGGCCUACCAAGGGACAGCCUUUCAAUGCCAUUCUCAAGCAACUGAAGUACUUUGCCGGACGUCAAAUCAGAAACGUCGGUACACCAGCUGGUAACCUGGCCACGGCUUCGCCCAUCUCCGAUUUGAACCCUGUGUUCAUGGCCACUAAUGCCACCAUUGUUGCCAAGUCGCUCGACGAGACCACUGAGAUCCCCAUGUCCGACUUUUUCAAGGCAUACAGAUUGACCGCCUUACCCCCUGAUGCCAUCAUCGCAAGCAUCAGGAUCCCAGUUUUCAAAGAGAAGAAUGAAUACAUGAGAGCAUACAAAGUGUCCAAGAGAAAGGACGACGACAUUGCCAUUGUCAAUGCUGCCCUUCGUGUUGUACUAAGUGAUUCCAACGAUGUCGAAGAUUGCAGUCUGGUAUAUGGUGGUAUGGCACCCGUCACAAUCUCUGCCAAGGAGGCAGUUAAAGCCCUUACUGGCAAGAAGUUCUCUGAUCCGAAGACUCUGGAGGCUGUUAUGAACGCCCUCGAGAAAGACUUCGAUCUGAGAUUCGGCGUACCCGGUGGUAUGGCAACAUACCGCAAGUCCUUGGCCCUUGGCUUCUUCUAUCGCUUCUACCACGAGAUCUUGACCGAGCUUCCUGUUACUGAUGCGAACAUUGACCACGACGCUCUUGGUGAGAUCGAGCGCAUCAUCUCCUUCGGUAAGAAGGAUCAUAAGGCUGGAGAAGCCUAUGAACAAAAGAUUCUCGGCAAGGAGCAACCACAUGUGGCAGCUAUGAAGCAAAGCACCGGAGAAGCACAGUACACAGACGAUAUUCCUGUACAGAAGAACGAACUAUAUGGUUACAUGGUCUUGUCAACCAAAGCACAUGCCAAGAUCACAGGCGUCAACUACGAGGCUGCACUGGAAAUUCCUGGCGUUAUCGAGUGGGUUGACCACCGAGAUCUGCCCAAUCCAGAGGCUAAUUGGUGGGGUGCCCCAAUCUGCGAUGAAACAUUCUUCGCCAUCGACGAGGUAUUCUGCGCUGGUCAGCCAAUCGGUAUGAUUUUGGCCAACUCAGCCAAGCUGGCCGAGGCUGGUGCUCGUGCCGUCAAGAUCGAUUAUGAAGAGCUCCCUGCCAUCUUCACCAUUGAGGAGGCCAUUUUGAAGGAGAGUUAUUUCGACCACUACCGAUACAUCCAGAACGGUGAUGUUGAUAAGGCUUUCGCCGAGGCUGAUCACGUAUUCACCGGUGUGGCUCGCAUGGGUGGUCAAGAGCACUUCUAUUUGGAAACAAAUGCUUGCGUUGCCGUUCCUAAGCCCGAAGACGGCGAAAUGGAAAUUUUCAGCAGCACACAAAAUCCUGCCGAGACACAGACAUAUGUUGCUCAAGUGACUGGAGUCGCAGCCAACAAGGUUGUUUGUCGUGUCAAGCGUCUAGGUGGUGGUUUCGGUGGUAAGGAGACUCGCUCUAUUCAGCUUGCAGGUAUCUGUGCUACAGCUGCGAAGAAGGUCGGUCGACCAGUCCGCUGUAUGCUCAACCGCGACGAGGACAUAUUGACUUCCGGUCAAAGACAUCCGUUCCUUACUCGAUGGAAGGUCGCUGUCAACAAAGAUGGCAAGCUCCAAGCUCUUGAUGCUGAUGUGUUCAACAACGGGGGUUGGAGUCAGGAUCUCAGUGGUGCUGUCGUGGAUCGUGCGCUUGCUCACGUCGACAACGCUUACAAGAUCCCGAACGUGUACGUCCGCGGUCGUAUUGCGAAGACUAACACGGUAUCGAACACUGCUUUCCGUGGCUUUGGUGGACCUCAAGGCAUGUUCAUUACCGAGACUUUCAUGUCAGAAGUCGCAGACAAGCUUGGCAUGGACGUUGAUCACCUUCGCGAAAUCAACUUAUACCAGCCAGGUGAUCAAACUCAUUUCAACCAGGAGCUCAAGGAUUACUACGUUCCUUUGAUGUACAAGCAAGUCAAGGAAGAGUGUAACUACGAAGAAAGGAAGAAGGAAGUCGCUGCUUACAACGAAAAGAGCAAGUACUUUAAGCGGGGUAUCUCGUUGAUUCCUACCAAAUUUGGUAUUUCGUUCACCGCAAUUUUCCUGAACCAAGCAGGAGCAUUAGUACAUAUUUACCAUGAUGGCUCUAUUCUUGUUGCCCAUGGUGGUACUGAGAUGGGUCAAGGUCUGAACACAAAGAUGAUCUCCAUCGCUGCCGAAGACCUCGGUGUUGCCAUGGAGGAUGUUUUCAUCUCGGAAACUGCAACCAAUACCGUUCCUAACACAUCAUCAACUGCCGCUUCAGCGUCGUCUGAUCUCAACGGCUAUGCUAUUCACAACGCUUGCGCCCAGUUGAAUGAGCGUCUGGCACCUUACCGAGAGAAGCUUGGUCCCAAGGCUACCAUGAAGGAGCUCGCUCACGCCGCCUACUUCGACCGCGUCAACCUUUCGGCUCAAGGACAUUACAAGACUCCCGAUAUUGGUUACGUCUGGGGCCCCAACACUGGUCAGAUGUACUUCUACUUCACCCAAGGUGUCGCCGCCGCCGAAGUCGAAGUUGACACACUCACCGGUGAGUGGACUUGCCGCCGUGCUGACAUCAAGAUGGACGUCGGUCGCAGUAUCAAUCCUGCCAUCGAUUACGGUCAAAUUGAAGGUGCUUUCGUCCAAGGCAUGGGCCUCUUCACCAUGGAGGAAUCACUCUGGCAUCGUGCCUCUGGUCAGAUCUUCACUCGCGGGCCCGGUGCCUACAAGAUCCCUGGCUUCCGCGACAUUCCACAGGAGUUCAAUGUCUCGCUUCUCAAGGAUGUCAACUGGGAGAAUCUGCGUACAAUUCAACGAUCACGUGGUGUUGGUGAGCCACCGUUGUUCAUGGGCUCGGCAGUCUUCUUCGCCAUCAGAGAUGCAUUGAAGGCUGCUAGAAAACAAUGGGGAGAGGAUGAGGUGCUUGAAUUACACUCGCCCGCUACGGUUGAGAGAAUCAGACUUUCGUGUGCGGAUCCCAUUAUCAAGAGAUCUAUGGUGGUGCCUCAAGAGGGCGAGAAGAGUUUCUUCUUGAGCAUUUAG